AUGUUUGUUUCCAAUCCAUCAGCUUCUUUCAAUUUAACAAGCAUUGAAAAGAAGUUAGCAGCAAUUGAAACAACAUCAUCGGCUUCUUCGUACACAGUAAAACCUACAAAUCGAGUAACGAAAGUUAACAAUGAAACAGAGUUAGAUGCACACUUGAAAAGUGAAAGAGCAGGUUUCAAUGAUGAUCAAUUUGAAUAUUUAACCCAACAAUCGUUAACUCAAGCUGACACCGAUUACUGGGAAGAAAUCUUUGAUGAUAGUUUGAAACGACGACGAAAUUUAAUUAACUGUCUAUUAGCUGAUGAUCUUCGUCCUCGUUCAAUUUCUUCGUACGAUACAGCAUCAUCGACAAAAACUGUACAAAUAUUAAAUGAUUCCACAACAUCUCCACCUCCAUCUGACUUCAAAUCGGGUUGGAUAUCUCAAUCAAAUCAAUCAUCUGUAUUUACUGAUCUAACAUCCGUCGAACAGCAAUAUGCUCAAACACUGAUCAGAUACAAUUCAACUAGAACAUCAGAUGGUACAGGUGAUGGUGAUCAAUUAAUUGUACAGUAUAAACAAAUUGCCAAGAAUUUUGAAACACAAGGAGUCGCUGAUAUGUGGCACGCUGCUGAAUGGAUGUCUGAAGUCCUUGAUUAUGAUUAUGACAAAAAAGAUCUAUUUCAAGCACAGCGCGCUAUCGUUCUCUGUGCACGUGACUAUCUUGAACGAAGUUUUCGUCAAGCAUUGGAAAUAACCUAUAAUGAUAUUGAUCUAUAUGGAUGUUUAUUAUCAUUUAUAACAUCGAAUGAGAAGAUUUCUGGUUUGCAAUCUGUUGAUGAUCGUCUUGUCGACGGCGUUUCAGCAUGGCCAUUGAUUUUCUAUGCAUUGAGAGCAGGUGAUAAUGAUUUGGCUCUACGAAUCAUUCAGAAAGCCAAUUUACCUCAUGUUCGAACUUUACUUGAAAAUUAUCUAUCAAAAGAUCAAACGGUAGUCGCAAAUAUCUCGACGACAUCAAAUAAAACUUCAAAUAUUCAAAAUAUUGAAUACAGUCUUGUAGGAAAUCCUUAUAAACGUGCCGUGAUUUGUAUAUUGGAUCGAACGAAUUUAGUCGAUGCCCAUGAAGAUGUUUUAUUAUGUAUUGAAGAUUUUCUCUGGAUAAAACUAGCACAGAUUCAGAUCAUCAACGAAACCGCUUUUCAAGAUCGUACUCAUGUUCAAUUAACUAUUCCACGACUUCAACGUUGGAUUCUACGUGAUCUUGGUGAAGAAUAUUUCAAAGCAUAUGAACAACCAUUUCGUUAUGCACGUGUUCUACUCCUCUGUGGUGCAUUCGAAUCUGCUUGUGAAUUCUUAUUUAAGCUUCCUUCGACCAAAGUUCAUUCAGUUCACUUAGCAAUUUAUUUCAACGAGAAAUACCUACUUGGUUUAACAUCAUCGGUCGACGAAUGCAUGAUUAUGAUCGCAGGCAGUUCUCAACAGAAUAAAACGAGCACUGUACUGAAUCUACCUAAACUGAUUGAAUCGUAUUUGAGAGAGAAAUUAAUCCACGAUCAACGGCGAUAUUGGGAAUUGAUUAAUUAUGCGUAUGCGUUGAUUAAGAUCGAACACUUAGAAGCUGGAACAGAAUUCCGUCGAUUAUUAAUUGAUUUAACGACAAAUUUAGAUGAUUUGCAUAUUGUAUAUGGAAAAUGGGCUAUAGUUACGAAUGGCGAUGAUGGAGAUGAGAAUAAAACUGUGAAACUUGAACGAGGUCUUUUGCAUCGAUUAUUCUCGCAUCUUGAUGACUCGGAUAUAGACGAUAUUUUAAUACAACUUGCAGAAUCAAUUGAAGAACAUCACCGUUCACAUUUAAUUGUUGCAUCUGCACUCUAUGAACUUGCUCAUGAAUACGAACCCUCAAUUCGACUUGCUUCAGAAUAUAUGACACAAAUCAUUCUCGAUCGUCUAUUAAUACCUUCAUCAACAUCAACACCAUUGCCAUUCGUCUAUGAAUUCGCUCAACGGCUGCAAAUUCUCUCAAAUACUGAAAUCGUUGAAGAAAAACAGCACUAUUUUCUGUUAUUAGAUACGUAUGCUUUCGUUGAUUAUUAUUUGCGAACUGGUCAACAGCAACGAGCUUUUAUUGUUCUAAAACAAUUGAAACUAUUUCCGUACGGAAAAGAUUAUGACGAAGAUGAACAAGUUCGACAAUUAUUAACAUCAAAUAAAUGGUUACAACACUUGUUUCCUCAUCUUUGUAUUGCUGCACUUCGAACGCAUCUAGCAGUUAUUCAACAAGAAUCACAUUCAUCGUUAAGCGAAGAGGAAAGAAAUCAAUAUGAAUUUUAUCGUCGAACAGCUUCAAUGGAUUUAACUCAUCUAGCGGAAUUUGCUCAUAUGCAAUCACAAUUAUUUACACGAACACAACUACGUUCCAUUGAUCGACUCUGUGAACAAGCGAAUCAAUACUAUGAUGAAGAAAUGUCAUUUCAUUAA